ACUGGACUAAUUCAUUUGCUUCCAAAGUUUCAUGGCCUUGCAGGUGAAGACCCGCACAAACAUUUGAAGGAAUUUCAUAUUGUCUGCUCCACCAUGAAACCCCCAGAUGUCCAAGAGGAUCACAUAUUUCUGAAGGCUUUUCCUCAUUCAUUAGAGGGAGUGGCAAAGGACUGGUUGUAUUACCUUGCUCCAAGGUCCAUCACGAGCUGGGAUGACCUUAAGAGAGUAUUCUUAGAAAAAUUUUUCCCUGCUUCCAGGACCACAGCCAUCAGGAAAGAUAUCUCAGGUAUUAGACAGCUCAGUGGAGAGAGCCUGUAUGAGUACUGGGAGCGAUUUAAGAAACUAUGUGCCAGUUGCCCUCACCAUCAGAUUUCAGAACAGCUUCUUCUCCAAUAUUUUUAUGAAGGACUCAGUAAUAUGGAGAGAAGUAUGAUAGAUGCUGCCAGUGGUGGAGCCCUUGGAGACAUGACUCCUGCUGAAGCCAGAAAUUUAAUUGAGAAGAUGGCCUCCAACUCUCAGCAGUUUAGCGCCAGAAAUGAUGCCAUAGUCAUUAGAGGAGUGCAUGAGGUAGCUACAAACCCAUCUGCAUCAUCUGAAACUAAGAAGCUUGAAGGCAAACUGGAUGCAUUGGUUAACUUGGUAACCCAGCUGGCCUUGAAUCAGAAAUUUGUACCUGUCGCAAGGGUUUGUGGUUUGUGCUCCUCUGCUGACCACCAUACAGACCUUUGCCCUUCCAUGCAGCAACCUGGAGCAAUUGAGCAGCCUGAAGCUUAUGCUGCAAAUAUUUACAAUAGACCUCCUCAACCUCAGCAGCAAAAUCAACCACAGCAGAACAAUUAUGACCUUUCCAGCAACAGAUACAACAAUGGAUGGAGGAAUCACCCUAACCUCCAGAGCUUAACCAAUCAGAUGGGACAAUUGGCUACCCAAUUGAAUCAACAACAGUCCCAGAAUUCUGACAAGCUGCCUUCUCAAGCUGUCCAAAAUCCCAAAAAUGUCAGUGCCAUUUCAUUGAGGUCGGGAAAGCAAUGUCAAGGACCUCAACCCGUAGCACCUUCCUCAUCUGCAAAUGAACCUGCCAAACUUCACUCUAUUCCAGAAAAAGGUGGCACAUUCCCCCUCUUCCAUUCCCUCCAACCUCUUCCAUUCCCUCCAAGAGCAGUUUCCAACAAAAAAAUGGAAGAGGCAGAGAAAGAGAUCUUGGAAACGUUUAGAAAGGUAGAGGUAAACAUACCUCUGUUGGAUGCAAUAAAGCAAAUUCCAAGAUAUGCCAAAUUCUUGAAGGAGCUGUGCACUAAUAAGCGGAAGCUUAAAGGAAGUGAACGGAUUAGCAUGGGCAGAAAUGUCUCCGCAUUGAUUGGUAAAUCUGUUCCUCAAAUUCCUGAAAAAUGCAAAGAUCCAGGUACAUUCAGCAUACCUUGUAUCAUAGGGAAUAGUAAGUUUGACAAUGCCAUGCUAGAUUUAGGAGCUUCUGUUAGUGUUAUGCCUCUGUCUAUUUUUAAUUCUCUAUCUCUAGGUCCCUUGCAGUCAACUGAUGUGGUAAUUCAUUUAGCUAACAGAAGUGUUGCCUAUCCUGUUGGUUUCAUAGAAGAUGUCUUAGUUAGAGUUGGUGAACUGAUUUUCCCUGUUGAUUUUUAUAUCUUGAAUAUGGAAGAUGGAUUUUCUCAAGGAUCAGUUCCCAUCAUUCUAGGCAGACCCUUUAUGAAAACUGCUAGAACUAAGAUAGAUGUUUAUGCAGGCACACUGUCCAUGGAGUUUGGUGAUAUAACUGUUCAUUUUAAUAUUCUGGAUGCUAUGAAAUACCCAUCUGAAGAUCUUUCUAUGGCAUCAAGGAAAAGGAAGAGCACUGCUUCAAGGCCACAGGUAGAGUUAGAGAGGUGUAACCUACAUAAACGCCUUGCCAACCUUCAGGAGGGAAGCAUAGAUGUGGCGGUGGUUAAAGAAUUCUAUGCCAACUUAUACAGCCCGGAAGACCAGAGCCCUAAGCAAGUGAAGGUAAGAGGACAUUUAAUCAGGAUUGAUGUUGAUCGCCUGAAUACCUUCUUAGAGACCCCAGUAGUUUUGGAGGGUGCGACACUGCCUACCUAUUCCAGAUUUACGAGGAUGAGGAUUGAUCCUCAAGAGUUUUCUACCCGUCUCUACAUCCCUGGUAGGGGUUUUGUUCUGAAUGCAGAGGGCCAUCCUUGGAAGCUUUUGAGGAAAGAUCUCACCACUCUUGCACAGACAUGGAGUGUCCUCUCCUACAGCAACCUGACUCCCACUUCCCACACCUCUGAUCUUAAUAUGGACAGAGCCAGAGGGGCCAGGAAGGUAAGAGCUCGACUAGCAGAUGUUCCUUCUUCUUCUGCACCACCAGCUCCUCCUACUUCUGCCAUGCCUACACCAGCUGCCCAUGACUCUCAACGCUUUGAAGCCAUGCUUCAGAGUAUUCAUCAAGGACAGAUUUUAUUACUGCAGAGCCUACAGGUGGUAGUUCCUCUAGGGUCCAUUCUAUCGGUAGAACAAUUCAUUGAGAAGGUAUCCUGGCCUGGAACUGUACCUUCUACUGUGAGAGAGGGUGAGGGCCCUAGUGCUCAGGUACCUCAACAGGUACAUGAUGCGUCUUCUAAGGCUACCAUCCCUGGAGCUUUUGAUUUUUUAGGUGCAGGAGUAAAAAUAAGACCUGAUGAGGCUGUUUUUCCUGAGCCAAUUAUAGCAGUUAUACAUGAAACAGUUGAAGCAGGUGAGUCACAAUUGAGACAGGAGGCUGCUACUCCUGAGAGGACACCACAGACCCUAGAAGAUCCACUCUCACCAGGGAUGGGGCUAUCUUUUGCUCGGCAAGUAACAGAUCCUCCUACACCAGUACAUGAGAGACAAGCAGAUCCUCCUACACCCAUCAUGGAAAUGCUUGAAGACCCUACCACGCCAGUCCUGAGACUGUCAUCCACUCCUCCAGCUACCCCAGUUUUACAUCUGAUAGAUGAGGAGGAUAUGCAAGACCAGGACACACAGGGCACAUAG